ACAAUCUUAUUCUGUAAACCUAAUUUUCACCAGGGUUACAGACUGUUUCAGGAGUAAGAGAUGUAAAUGGUUGUAUAUUUAUAGCGCUUUUAUCCAAAGCACUUUACAUGAUAUGUCACAUUUACCCAUUCACACACACAUUCACAGACUGAUGGCGGAAGCUGCCAUGCAAGGCGCUAACCACAACCCACCAGGAGCAAUUAGGGAUUAGGUGUCUUGCUCAGGGACACCUCGACAUGAGCACGAUGGGCCUAGGAUCGAACCGGCAACCUUUCAGUUACAAGACGGCCACUCUACCCACUGAGCCAUGCCACCCCCAUAAAUGUGAAACAUUUAUCUGAGAAAAUAAAGAAACACGAGAGUACGAGGGCACGUAUGGAGAACACCGUUAAGCUAACGAUGCUAGACAAGGCUAACAUCGCGACGCAGUUAGAUGAGGCUUGGUGUGAGGAAGCACAAUGAAGAGGUGGACGGGGACUGGCACAUUUUGGCUAAGAUAAUAGACUGCAUUAAUUUCUGCGGGGCGUUUGAGCUGGCUUUACGCGGCCACGAUGAGAUGGAAUCUUCAGACAACCCAGGUGUGUUUAGGAGCUUAGUCGAUCUGGUCGCAUCGCUUGAUAGCGUGCUGGAGGAGCACCUGAAGACAGCGACACUUUUCAAAGGCACCUCAAAGACUGUGCAAAACGAACUGCUAGACUGCAUGUUGUCAGUACUCAAGACCCACAUUCUCGAGGAAGUAAAAAGUGCGGAUUAUCUUGCUAUUCAGGCUCAUGAGACAACUGACAUUUCCACCCGUUGCCAGUUGAUGCUUGUGCUAAGAUACAUUGACACACAAAACAACAUUCAAGAGCGUUUUUUCGAGUUCAUCCCUCUUCAGAAUGCCACUGACACGAUCGCCACAGCGCUGUUGGAGAGGCAGAGCAUCAUCCUCCCUCCCGGACAGGAGAGUAAGCUGAUCACCCAGGCCUAUGAUGGGGCUGCAGUAAUGAGGGGAGCCACAAGUGGAGUGCAGCGGAAGGUAAAGGAUGUGCAUGCAGGUGCAUACUACAUUCACUGCUAUGCCCAUCAGCUUAACCUCAUCAUGCAGCAGGCAACAUCACAUAUCCCCAGAGUAAGGGCUUUUUUUUCAGACCUUGGGGGAUUUGCUGCGUUCUUCUCCCGCUCAUUCAAACGAAACACUGUGCUUGACCAAAUAGUGGCUCACAGACUUCCAGGGACUUCAACAACCAGAUGGAACUUUCAUAGCCGUGCUGUUAACAAAGUGUUUGAAUACAAGGAUGACCUCAUCCAGUGUUUCCAAACUAUCAGAGACUCUGGUGACUUUGAUCUAAUCACUGUCAGAGGCAGGGGGCUUUGUGAGAAUGCUGGAGGAAGAAGAUUUCUGCUUUCUCCUGGCCUUGUUUCACAAGAUCAUGCCACAUGUGGACAUGCUGUUUAACCAGCUGCAGAAGAGGAACAUCGACACUGUCUACAUCACAAGAGUCAUCCAGACAUUCACCAACAGCAUGCAAAAGAUCAGGGAUUCCAUUCCUUCUCUGAGUGAGGAAUACAGCGCAUCUGUGCAGCAGCACUCCACAAAGAGGAGGAGGAAAUUUGGACAGGGAGAACGACAGCAGUUGGCUUUAGAGGUAUGUGGUACAAUUCUGAGCCAUGCCAAAGAGCGGUUCUCAUUUACCAAGCACCUCAUCAGCGCCACUCUGCUACAUGGAGACUUGUUUGUGCAACACACUGCACAGUUUCCAGAAGCAGCACUGGAAACUACAGUGGAGGCCUACCCCAUGUUGAACAAAGCCAAGCUGAGAACAGAGCUAUCCCUCAUCUAUGAGAACGAUGAGUUCAGGGCCUGCAGUGGUGCAAUGACUCUGUUCCAGUUUUUCAUGGAGAACAACCUUCAGGACACGUUCACUGAGACUGCCUCCUCAAGAUUCUCAUCACCAUGCCUAUGACAACAGCAAAAUCAGAAAGAUGCUUCUCCACUUUAAAGAGAAUCAAAACUUUCCUGAGGAACACCAUGACGCAGGAUAGACUGAAUGCUCUGGCCAUGCUCUCCAUGGAGAAAAAACUUGUCAGAAACAUUCCUGACUUUAAUAAGAGGGUCAUUGAGCGCUUUGCCACAUAGAAGGACAGAAGGGCAAAAUUCCAGUACAAAUAAGGCACACACACACACACACACACACACACACACACACACACACACACACACACACACACACACACACACACACACACACACACGGGCAUGGACAAAAAUGAUGGACCCUUUAUUCAAUCUUAACUUUUUAUUUUGUUGCACGGUGUUGUUGUGGAACCAGUCACUGCAGUCAGGUGAUUUCUGUAACUCUCAGUGAGACUUCUACACCUGUCGACUCCUGGUGAUCAAAAUGCUCCAGCUGUCCAAGGUGUGAAGGCUGUCUUUUUUCAGACUGCAUGUUUCAGCUCCUUCCACAGAUGUUCAGUAGGAUUCAGGGCUCAUUGGAGGCCACUUCAGAACAGUUCAGUGUGUUGUUCUUAGCCAUUCUUCAAUGUGUAGCUGUGUGUUUCAGGUCAGUGUGUCUUCAUUUUGUAUGCUUCCCUUGACCAGAUUUUUCUUUGUAUAAAGUUGACUUUAGCACAAUACAUCAUCCAGCAAUGUAUUGCACUUAGUAAUUUUUUGAUAUUUUGCUCAUUAAAUACUUAUUAUUUCACA